AUGUCGAAUAAACGACCUUUAUCACCUGAAUCAACAAAUAGUCAAAUUAAUGAUUCUAAUAUACGUUCAUUAAAACGUUUAAAACUUCAUUCAAUCAUACAAGAAUUACGAAAUGAAGAAGCUAAUUUAGUUAUAUUAAAAAAACUACGUUCAUGUCAACAAUUAACAACACGAACAAAUAACAAUACAUCAUCAACAACCACAACAACAACAACACCAACAACACCACCAACAACAACAACAACGACAAAUGGUUUUCAUCCAACAGCAACACGUAUUCCAACAAUUAAACCUACAAUACCUAAUACUUCAUUGCCAAAUUCAUCAUCGCGUACAUCUCUUCAACAAUCAUUAACAUCAGCUACACGUAAAUCAUCAAAUUCAAUAAAUCCACCAAUACCAACGAAAAUUCCUACGCCUUUACCAACAAAAACUCCUUCAUCAACAAUUUAUUCCCUUGAAGAACGUAAAACUCAAGCUAAAAAAGCCUUACGUAAUCAACUUGAACGUGAUUUAUUAAAUAUUCCAUCACCUAAGCCUUUAUUACGAGAUAUAUUAUUUAUACCAAAUCCAACUAGUCUAGAAUUUCAACCUUAUAUUGGUCUUGAAGAUGUUGUACAAUGUUUAUAUGAAUUACAAACUGAUCGUCAACGUUUACCACAACGUUUUACUGAUCGUGCACAAAUUGAUGAACCAUAUAUAUGUGAUCAUUGUGGUACAGAUUUUACAAUACGUUGGUGGAAACAUUUAAAUACAACUCAACAAACAAAUAUAUUAUGUGAUCGUUGUAAAAAACAAGUUGUACGUCGUACAUCAAAAUCUGAACAUUCAACAUUAUUAAAAAAUGUUUUUGUAUCAGCUAUGGAACAAGAAAAAGAAAUUGAGAAAACAUUUCAAACACUUAUUAAACAACAACAAAAAAAUGCAUCACGUUCUUCCUCAGCAUCAUCAAAUAUAUCAUCAUCAACAGCAAAACCAAUUACAAAUAAUACUACUACUAAUAAUAAUAAUAGUCGUCCAAUACCAUCUCCAAUGCCAUCUAUUCCAUCAUAUAAUCAUCAUCAUCAUCAUCAUCAUCAACAACAACAAAAAACAAAAACAAAAUUAUCUUUACCACAAACACAAAAUUUUGCAACAAAAAUUUCUCAACAAUCAACAUCAUUAACAAAUGCAACAAGAAAAUCAAAUGUUACUGUUCAAUCACAUAUAAAUUCAACAAAUAAUAUUCGAUCAUUACAACAUAAUAAAAUGCCUAUGCCUGCUCAUCAACAUCAACAACAACAAUUUCGUUCAGCAAGUGUUUUAUCACAACAAACAAAAACUAAUCAAUUAGUUAAAACACCUAAAAGUGCUGUAAGACAACAACAACAACAACAAGUUGUACCAUCUCGCCCAAUGUAUCAUCAACCAACAAGUGGAAUUAUUCCAUCUUCAGCUAUUCGUCCAUCAAUACCAUCAUCAGCUAAUAUAAGACCAACAGCAACUAAACGACGAACACUUCCUACAGUUAAUAUGAAAUAA